CGGACGCCAACGAGAUGAAGUACCUGCCGCAGCACCACCACCAUCACAACCACCACAUGGCGAGCUCGCCGUCGCCUGGCGGACACGCGGCCGUCUCGCUUUCCGCCGCCAAUCCUUGGGUGAGCCUGCAGCCGGGCGCCGACCCUUGGGCCGCCUCCAUGGCCGGCAUGCACCACCACCAUCACCACCCGCACCAGGACGUCAAGCCGCUGCAGCAAGACAUGAUGCACCACCGCCAGCAGCAGCAGCAGAGCAUGGGCUCCCCGCACUGGCAUGCCCCUGUCUCUUCGGCCCAUUACAAUCCGGCAGGCGCCGGUUCACCCCUUCAACAAUACCAUGCCGCCAUGAACGGCAUGCUGGCGCACCACCAAGGCGCCCCCCAGCUUCACCACCCUCUUCAUCGGGACAUGCAAAGCCCGCAUCAUCCCCAACACUCGGAUCGCGAUGUGAGCGGCGGCGAGGACGAAACCCCCACGAGCGACGACCUGGAGGCCUUCGCCAAGCAGUUCAAACAACGUCGCAUCAAACUCGGAUUUACGCAAGCAGAUGUCGGACUAGCCCUCGGCACCCUCUACGGCAACGUUUUCUCCCAAACCACGAUAUGCCGAUUCGAAGCGUUACAAUUAAGUUUUAAAAAUAUGUGUAAAUUGAAACCGCUGUUACAAAAGUGGCUCGAGGAGGCCGAUUCGACGACCGGCUCUCCGACGUCCAUUGAUAAAAUCGCUGCACAGGGCCGCAAACGGAAAAAGCGAACUAGCAUCGAAGUCUCUGUGAAAGGCGCCCUCGAGCAGCACUUCCACAAACAGCCAAAACCGUCAGCUCAAGAAAUAUCGAGUUUGGCCGAUAGUCUCCAAUUGGAAAAGGAAGUAGUGAGAGUGUGGUUUUGCAAUCGGCGGCAGAAGGAAAAAAGGAUGACGCCUCCAAACACCCUCGGAAACGAGAUGAUGGAGGGAAUGCCGCCGGGAAGUCACAUGCACCCCGGUUACGGCCACCACCCGGACAUGCAUGGGUCGCCCAUGGGCCAGCACUCGCAUUCCCACAGUCCUCCCAUGUUAUCUCCCCAAGGCAUGGGCCAUCAACUCACGGCGCACUAGCAUCCAGCCCACUGGGCCUCCCUAUUGCACCACAGCGAUAACGGCUAGUGAUUGUAUUUUAUUAAUAGAACGCCGCCCCCAAAAUACAGUGUGAAAAUAAGAAUACAAAUUGCUGAAAGAAAUGAUGAAAUUGCCGACGGCGCGUGACUGACUGUUCCGUUUGUUAUCAACGCUACCUCAAAGGAUUCGUGUUAAACUCCUGCCGUCGCGGAGGUCCUAGUGGACUGUCUCAAAAACUAGUUUCUACUGUCUUAUUAUUAAUUUUUCUGUUGUUAAUACGCCGUGCAGUGCGAGUGAGUACCUUGUCAUCGUCAUAAACUGGACUUGUUUGUAUAUUACCUGUAAAUAAGAGAGUGAUACGCGUCUCAAGACGUGAGUGUAAUAUAAUAAUAGGCGAAUGCUGCUAAUUUUACGUUUUUGUAAAUAAGAAGAAUCGACUACUGUUGGGAGCAGUAGCAAGUCGUGAUUUAUACUUAAAAAAAUAUACACCGGGACGGUUGACGAAUAAAACAAUUUACAAUGUAAGUUUAUAAUGUAUAGAAUGUCGUAUAUAUUUAAAAAAUAUAAAGUUGUUCUUAUGUUGUUUAUUAAAGUUUUUUGGUUAGUGUCGUGCGAUCCAGUUGAACUCUCUUUGACUUUUAUUUUUGGAUAAUAACGAAAUGAGAAAUUCAUUCAAACGAAUCGGAACCGUACUCUUGUCUCUUUGGUCAUAGAUUCAUGUGUACAUAUUUAUUAUUAUAAUUAUAAUUAAUUAUAUAUCGUUGUACGGUGUGACUAAAUUAAAACGAAAAAUGUUUUUAAAAUAGCCCUCUCUGCUGUAUUAUUUCAAUCGUACCCUCGUUUUUUCGCUUCAUCAUUCAUUUCUAGUCAGUGUUAAAUUCAAGAAAAAAAAGAAAAUUAAAAGUACAUUGUGUUGUGGUGCGACGGAUCGUUUCAUACCUCUCGGGGUGAGUUUUGUUUUCGAAAAGUUCAUUUUAACCCUCGCAAGAAGUAUGAAUUGACAUUUGACCGGAGGUACGGCGAUUAUCUUUGAAUCCCAUGUUGAGCACUUUAUCAAAUAUUUCUCAGACACAUGUGACAAACACGACCCAUAAAUAUGCUAAAUUAUAUGACAGUGGUGUGUGUUAAUCAACGAAAUUUCUGCUAUGUAGAAACACGUUCAGUUAUACGGUCUCGAAACCAGUUUAAGCAGUUAUUUGGGAAAAAAUAACCAUUUAAAACGACCAUUAUUAGUUGAGUUGAUAGCUAAUGGACAUAAAUUUCAUCAAAAAACCAUAGAAUAACGCAAUCCCCGUAGAGAUUCGUUUCCAAAUUGAUAUUCCGUACGUCUCGAUAGUUCCUCCAGAAAUUUUCGUUUCGAAAAACAACUAUGUAUAAAAACUGUUUUUGUAAAAAACAAUGUUUACUGUACUAUAGAGAGAGAGGAUAUUUGUGUAUAUUGUAUUUUUAUCAAUGUCCAAAAAUAAAAAUCAAUAAAAUUAGACACUGUUUAUAA